AUGGCGGCAGCAGCGGCGAGGACGGAUGAUAAUAUGGAGUCGCCCCCCGCCGCAGGGGGGCAGGCAACGAACGCGCUGGCAGUGGUGGCUGAAGCUCCCAUGGGGCAGGGUCUUGACACAGAGGCAGCAAAGCGACUGUCUCAAGAGUUUUGUCGGCUGUUUCGCGACUCCGAGGCGACCAAGCGCGACGAUGACCUCCAGCGAGGCUCGACGUCGAACGACGGAGCGCCAGGUGUCGAGCAGCAGAGCCGGUGCAAGGUCCGGGGCCUCUGGCCCGUCGGGGACGCACCACGGCUCGGGCUCCAGAGCCUGGCAAUGGCAGGGCUGGCACCAGAAAGGCUCUUGGGGCAGGAAGGAGGCCGAGAACAGGUGGGACCGAGCGACAGAUACGUGGUCCCGAGCUGGGUCGGAGUGGGACUUUACACCACUACUGGGAGCCCCCUGGUCAACGACGGCGCCCGAGUGCCGAGCGGGGCCACGGCGGCUGGCACGCUGGAGACGACGAGCCCAAUCACCACUGGCGCAAUUCCAGCGAUGACCAGCCGAAAGGAAAAGGAUUCUGCCGAUUCAGAGAAGUGGGGCAACUGGGCGAGUUACCGAAUGUGGCGCCAGAAGAUUCAGAGGUGGCGUCGCGCGACGGACAUCGCAGUAUGGAUGCAGGGAGAUCGACUGUUCAAGGCGCUAGACGCCGGCCUCCAGAGGAAGCUGGAGGACAUUUCUGACGACAUUUUGUGCAGCGACGAGGGCGUCGACGCUAUCAUAGGACGCCUCGACUUGAUGUCGGGAGAGCGCCAUGGCGAUGAGCGAGGAAAGGUCGCGAGAGAGUGCCUGCUUGAUUUUGCGCGCAGACACAACGAGAACCUCACGGCGUACUGCGCGCGGAUCGAUGCGGCCUUGAAUCGCGCGGUUGCCCAGGGCCUGGUGAUGCCGGACGAGUGGCAGCUCAUGCUCUUCGAGGAGGGCGUCGGCCUGACCCGGCAGUCGGCGCAGUCGGCAGUCGGGCCUUCCAUGAAGGGAUGGAUCCUUGAGAUGGACAUCAGUCACCGCGAGCGUCUACAGCGACCACAGGGAAGGCUGGCCCACGUCGCGCACGACUCCAGCGGCACGGCCUCGAUGCAGACGCAGGGGGCUGUUCCUCCACCUCCUGUCCCUCCAUCGUCGUGGCAGGUGGAGGGCGACGCCGCCGACGACUCCCUCAUCGACUAUUCAGACGUCUCCCCCAUGGCCUCAGUUGGCGAGAUGGCUGUGUUUGCAGCGCUGGAGGCGGCUGACGUCGGAGAAGAUGACGCCCCGGAGGCUCUGGCAGCGAUCGACGAGGAACGUCGCGAGACAUGGAAGGAGAGAAACGAUCUGAAGAGGCGUCUCAAGGUCGACCGGAAGUUCUUCGAUAUCUCCAGAGCUCGCGGCGGUGAUGGGCGCGAGAAACCUCGCAGGCCUAGCCGCGGAGCGGCGGGCGGUGCCUUCCGACCGCGCAAGAACCGAUUGCCACUUGCCGAGCUGAUCAAGCGGACGAGAUGCCGCCUGUGUCACCAGAAAAGACAUUGGUCGAAGGAGUGCCCGAAUAAGUCGAGCAUUGGCGGCGGCAGUAGGCCGCCCCAGAAGCCUGAGCAGGGCUCCUCGCCUUUCGCAGGCCUCAGUUUCGUGCGCGUGAGCGCGCUGGGUGGUUUCUCAGCGCGCGCGACCGAGGGGCCCGCUCAUCCUCCCCCGCCCUCCUACGCCGCCGUUCUUUUGUCCGCGGGUCCCGGGGCCGUGAUCGCGGGCGCCGCGGCUGGGCAAGAUGGGCGUUCCAUCACAGUGGCCACCGCGGACAGGGCUCUGAACAUCUCGGCCGCCCAAGCCACCUUCAGUCUGUUCGGCGUCAUCACAUUCAUGGAGGUGCUGUGCGAACACGCCGCAGUGCGCUACUCCACCUUGGCGGCUGCGCGCAAGGCUGCCGACUGCCUCAACGGCAAGGCGCUUUGGUCUGGAGUCUAG